GAGAUGCUGCCAAAAGGAACCCUCCCAGACCCAGGUGGGAUAAGGGGACCAAGCUCCCCAGGGCCCAGCAGCCAGAGCAGGAAGUUGGCUGGGUUUCUAUCUGUUAGCUAAGCAAACAACACACUCCUCAGGAAGAUAGGGUGAGGUCCCAGCUCCCAGUAUAUGAAUGUUUCUGGGUUGGGUUCUGAAAGCCCGCCUUAGGUCCUGAGAGCAUCCUCCAAGUCCUGCUCUGCCAUGAAGCUCGCCACCACAUUUCUGGUGCUGUCUGUGGCCCUGCUCAGCCACUUUGGUGAUGCCUUCUUUGUGAAGUCCCUGGCUGAGACCGCGGCUGAACCCAUAGCAGCCCUGGCCCCUGCUGCAGAGGCUGUGGCUGGGGCUGUGCCCAGUCUCCCCCUGCCCUUCAAUCCCCUGAGACUCAUUCUGGCCAGCCUGGGCAUCCCAGUGGAGCACCUCAUAGAGGGUUCUAGGAAGUGUGUUGCUGAGCUAGGUCCUGAGGCUGUGAGAGCUGUGAAGAUGCUACUGGGAGCCCUGACUCUCUUCGGCUGAGUCAAGACUGGAGUACCCCUGACUCAGGACAAGCUGCUGCCUACCUGCAAGGCUGGAAACCACACUUCCAUCCUGACACCCCUACCUUUCCCAAUAAACAUGGCUGAGCUUUG